GUGAGUAUGUGGGGGCCAGGGGGCCCAGGUAGUCCUGGGACCCCCGGUCAUGGGUGAGCAAGCCCACCACGGAGCCCCAGUGUGCUCCGGCACCAACUCCAGGAAGUGCCAGGACCUAGGAGACUCAAUUCUUCUGAUUCUGGGCAGCUUCAUCUUGCUCAACGUGGGGAUCAAUGUGGUGACUCUGCUCUGGAGGCAUCUGAAGAGCUCCUUGCGGAUUCUUUUCCAUCAUUUUUUCCCCAAAGACAAGCAACCCAGCUCUGUAGGCAACCAUCCCACGGGUAUGCGCUACUCUGUGGAUUCCAAGAACCUCUGCUUAAGAGUCCCUUCCCGCUUCCAUCGCUGUCCAAGCUUCCUGCUCAGGAACCCUAACCAGCUUGACUCCUGCAUACCAGACACGAAUGAUGAGAAGGAAUUUAGGUGCUACUGGAUGAAGCCUCAGUAUGGACACGCCAGGGCUCCCAUAGAGACUCCAAGGGGACUGUGGAAGGAGGGGAUGAAGGGAGCUAGGGAGGCCCCUCAGGUCACAGCCCCAAAGGCCCAAGACACCUAUCUCUCCAGGCAAGAGACAUCUUCCCAGUUCCCCAGGAUGAGCAAGUUGGAUAUGGUUUCACUCUGCUUGCCCCAAGGGAAUAAGACUAAGAACCCAGAUUAUGCCCCAGCCUAUGCCCCAGCUGAGACAUGGACCCACCCUCCACCCCUACUCCCUGAGCACACCCCCACCCAGGCCCAGAUCCGCCCCCCAGUCCACCCCUCUGAGCACACCCCCACCCAGGCCCAGAUCCGCCCCCCAGUCCACCCCUCUGAGCACACCCCCACCCAGGCCCAGAUAUGCCCCCCAGUGCACCCCUCUGAGCACCCCCCUACCCAGGCCCAGAUCCGCCCCCCAGUCCACCCCUCUGAGCACAUCCCCACCCAAGCCCAGAUAUGCCCCCCAGUGCAUCCCUCUGAGCACACCCUCACCCAGGCCCAGAUCCGCCCCCCAGUGCACCCCUCUGAGCACCCCCCUACCCAGGCUCAGAUCCACCCCCCAGUGCACCCCUCUGAGCACAACCUCACCCAGGCCCAGAUCCAUCCCUCAGCCCACCCCUCUGAGCACCCCCCUACCCAGACCCAGAUCUGCCCCCCAGUGCACCCCUCUAAGCACACCCCCACCCAGACCCAGAUCUACCCCCCAGUGCACCCUGCCAAGCAUAGCCCCACCCAGGUCCAGAUCCAUUCCCAAGUGCAUCCCUCUGAGCACACUCCCACCCAGGACCAGAUCUGCCCCCCACCCCGACCCCGUGAGCACACCCCCACCCAGGACCAGAUCUGCCCCCCAGUGCACCCCUCUGAGCACACCGCCACCCAGGCCCAGAUCCACCCCCCAAAGCACCCCUCUGAGCACACCCCCACCCAGGCCCAGAUCUGUCCCCCAGCCCACCCUUCUGAGCACACGCCCGCCCAGGCCCAGGUCCACUCCAUAGUCUGCACCCCUGAGCACACUGGUACCCAGCUCCAUGGCCCUGAGCAUACCUCAGCCCACACCCUGGCCCAGGACCCAGACAAGGUUUCCUUGCAUGCCUUAGGCCACUCCCUGGACUACAUACUUCAGCACCUAACAGUCCACACCCCAACCAGCAACCCUGUUCAUCUAACCUAUUCCCAUGCCCACAAGUUGGUCCCUCCUCCAACCUCUGCCCCAGACCCUCCUCUAACUUCUGCCCUUGCUACUACUCCUGCCCCAGCCCCUGUUCCAAAAUUUGCUUCCAUCCUUGCCCCAGCACUGGUCAUGGCCCCCUCUACCACACCAGUUCCUACUCAUACCCCUCCCUCCACCCCUACCCACAGCCUAACUCCUAUUCCCUCUACCCUGACUGCCUUCAACGAAGACCUCUCCACUGGCCAUGUGUUCUAUGCCACCCCCAUGGUAAAGAAGAACUUAUUCUAUGGGUGCCCCACCCAGAACACUGGGUAUUCCAGAAAAGACUUGGGUAUCUUCUCCAGGCCCCAAGACAGGCAGGGCCUGGUAAACUCUGGUAAAGUCGAGCAAACAUUGAAGCAACUUAGUGGGGAUACUGCCAACACCUCCACAGGACCCGUAGUAGGUUACCUGGAGUUGGAGAAUAUGGGAUGGAAUAACCCAAAUGAUGCCAAAGACAAGUUCUUACAGCCCAAGACCUUCCCUUACUGCAGCUUCCAUCCUUGCAAUUCUGAGAGGAGAAACACAGACUCCCAGCCUCCAGCCUAUCCCCAAUUCCUGGUCUACUCCAAGGAUGAUUCACCUUCUCAACCUUGCUUUCAUUCUCCCACCAGCGUCCAGAAUUCAAUGUGCGCUGCUCCUCCACCAUGCACUCUUUCUCUCCCGCUUGUUUCUCCCAGAUCCUUUGUUCUUCAACAACCUACCAACCACCAGGUGAAGCCCUCCACCUCAACACAAACCCCCACCUUACACCCAAUCUCGAUACCCUCUUCCCAGUUUCCCAUCCCUCCCCAGUUCUCCACCAUUUCCCAACCCCCAAUCCAACCCCAAUCUUCUGAACUUCAUGAGAGUCCAGGCCUCACCCAAGACUCUGGCCUCCAAAGAACCCCAGGCCCUUCAAAAGACUCUAAAGUUUCCAAGAACCCAGGCCUUGGUCAAGAUCCAGGCCUAAAAAAGAUGCCAGGCCUUACCCAACAUCCUCAUCUCUGCAAGAGUUCAGGGCCUUCCCAAGACUCUGGCCUUCGCAAGAAUCCAGUUACCCAAGAGUCUGGCCCUGAAAAGUGCCUAGGUCCGCCUCAAAAUAUAGGUAUUUUUAGGAGCCCAUGUCUCACCCAACCCUCUGGCCUCCAUAAGAACAUAGCAUUUCUCCAAAAUUCUGACAUUCAGAGGAACUCAGGCUUUGUGCAAGAGACUGUACUCUGCAAAAGUCAAGAUCUCUCCCAAACAACUGGUGUCCAUAACAGCCCAGGCCUUUCUCAAGAUUCUGGAGGUUACAAGAGUACAGGUAAUGCCCAAGAUCCGGGAGUCUCUAGGAGUCUAGGCCUUACCCAAGAUUCUGGCCUACGGAAGAGCUCAGGCCUUGCCAAAGACUCUGAAGUAAACAAGAGCUCAGGCCAGGAAUCCGGUCUCUACAAAAGCCCAGGCCUUGCCCAAACCUGUGGCCUCCAUAAGGGCUCAGGCCUCACCAAAGACUCAGGAGACUACAGAAACCCAGGCCUGACUAAAGAUUCUGACCCCUAUAUGAAUCCAGGCCUUAUCCAAGCCAAUGAAGCAAAAAAGAAAUGUGGCCUUACCCAAGAUGUUGGAAUGUACAGGAACUCAGAACAUACUCCAAAUCCUAACUUCCACAAGUACGCAGGAAUUCAUCAAGAUCCUGGCCCACAUAAGGGCCCACGCCUUACCCAAGACUCUGGCCUCCCCAUGACUCACGGCCUUCCCAAGGAAUCAAGCCUCCACACGGACUCAUGCCUUAUCCCAAAUCCUGACUUGCACAAGAACCCAGGCCUUGCUCCAGGUACUAACUCUGUCCAAGUCUUGGGUCCAUCUCAGACUCCAAAGUCCUCACUGCCCUUGAAGUCAUUUGGAUGUGAGGAGACUCCUCGGAAGAAUGCAGAGCAGCAUCUCCCAUGGACUGCUGACCCAGUCAGUCAGUACGCCUGCCCGUCCAAGGCCCAGGUGAUCUACAGUGACCUGCAAACCUUCUCCGAGGUACCUGUAUUGAUCGAGUUACAGCCAUCCUCCCAUCGAGUAGGUGGCCAAGACUGGGUGUACCGUCCUGUGGAUACAGCUCCUCCAGCCUGCCAGAACUAUCCCCAGAUGCCUAUGCCUCCAAAAACCAACUUGAAGACUCACUGCCCUGGGUCAGGCACCCGGGUAGGGCAUGUGGUCUUCGAUGCCCGCCAGAGGCAGUGCGGAGUGGGCAGAGACAAGUGUGAAGCUCUGUCUCCCAGGCGCCUUCGCCAAGAGGCAUCCAGCAACUCAGUGGAGAACACCGAGUGGGGAUAUCAGUGUGUCAUGAGGCCCUCGGAAAAAGAGGGGACAAAGGUGCAUUAGGAAUAAAGAGGCGAGAGAAAUGUCCUGUGAUUGUUUGAGGACUUCCACCCCAGCCCCAUGGCUGGCACUGGCCACUCUCAGGGCCUGAUGAGGGCUGGAACUGUACUCGCCCCUUCUCCUCCGUAGCUGCCGAGCUAAACCCGUGAUCCCCAAGGCCCCGGAGCUGCGUUUUCCAACACACUAGCCAUUAGCGACCCAUGGCUUUUAGAAUGUAAACGAAUUAAAAUUAAAUAAAAUUUAAAAUUC